GGAGUGUCUGCUUCCUUCCGGUUCAGGCAGGCAAGAGUGUUGAGGCGACAUGAAGCUGCUAACUCACAAUUUGCUGAGCUCGCAUGUCCGAGGGGUGGGACCCCGUGGAUUCCCCCUGCGCCUCGAGGCCACCGAGGUCCGCGUCAUCCCCGUGGAGUUCAACCCGGAUUUCGUGGCGCGUAUGAUACCCAAGGUGGAGUGGCCGGCGCUUCUGGAGGCGGCCGAUCACUUGCGUCUGGACGAGGUGCCCAAAGGGCCAGUUCAGGGGUAUGAGCAAGAUGAGACAUUUCUGAGGAAGAUGCACCACGUGCUGCUCGAGGUGGAGGUGGUGGAGGGAACCCUGCAGUGCCCAGAGUCUGGACGUAUGUUCCCCAUCACCCGUGGGAUCCCCAACAUGCUGCUGAAUGAUGAGGAAACUGAGACUUAAUCGUGCCAGACAUCAGUUUUUCAUACUGUGAUCGUAUUUUUGUUUAUAUUCUGUUGGUUUUGUCACAUGUUUUCCCAGCUCUUGACCCAGUGACACGCCACACAGUGUUCUUGAGCUCGAUAUAUUUUUUUUCUCAUUAAAGGUUCAAAACCAAAA